UCAUUUCUAAAAGAUAUACAGAGAGAGAGAGAUGAUGCCAUUGUUGAUGAUGAUGGGAGGAGAGACAUGGGCAAACCUCGGAUCAAUCGCGGCCGGAAUGAUGUUUGUCUGGGCUAUGUACAGACAAUACUUUCCUCACGAUCUUCGUGAACCUAUUGAGAAAUACGCUCACAAACUCAUGAGCUUCGUCUACCCUUACGUUCAAAUUACCUUCCAUGAGUAUUCCGGCGACGGCUUCGAACGUUCCAAGGUCUACGUCGCGAUUGAGCGUUACCUCGCCAAGAACUCCACAAAUCAUGCCAAAAGACUCAAAGCUGACGUUGCUUACGGUUCUGACGCAGUACUCGUCUUCAGCAUGGACGACCACGAAGAAGUUGUCGACAAUUUCCAAAACGGAGUCAAGCUCUGGUGGUCAUCUAACCAGAACAUAACGCAGCGUCAAUCAAUCUCAUUCUACCCAAGAGAGGACGAGAAACGCUAUUACAAACUCAAGUUCCAUAAGAAGAACCGCGAUCUCGUCACCAACACUUACCUAAAACACGUUCUUGAUGAGGGUAAAGCGAUUCAGGUCAUGACUCGACAGAGGAAGCUCUAUACAAAUAGUAAGAACGAUGGAGGGUAUAGUUAUAGACGUAAAAUGUGGAGUCAUGUGAAAUUUGAACAUCCUUCUAAUUUCAAUACUCUGGCUAUGGAUCCAAUCAAGAAGAAGGAGAUUAUCAAUGAUUUGAUCAAGUUCAGUCAGUCUAAAGAUUAUUAUACCCAAAUUGGAAAGGCAUGGAAACGUGGGUAUCUCUUGUAUGGUCCUCCAGGGACGGGUAAAUCGUCUAUGAUCGCGGCCAUGGCUAAUCUUCUUGAGUACGAUGUAUAUGAUCUUGAAUUGACGGCUGUUAAGGAUAAUACAGAGCUGAGGAAGCUACUAAUCGAUACGUCUAGUAAAUCGAUUGUGGUGAUUGAAGACAUCGAUUGUUCACUUGAUUUGACGGGGCAGAGGAAGAAGGAGAAUGAGGAGAAGGAUGAUGAUAAGGAAAAGGAGAAGGAAAAGGAACUUGCUAAGAUGAAACCAGAGGAGAAGGAUAGUAAAGUUACUUUGUCUGGGCUUUUGAAUUUCAUAGAUGGGUUAUGGUCGUCCUGUGGUGGGGAGAGAAUAAUUGUUUUCACGACGAAUUAUAAGGAGAAACUGGAUCCUGCUCUUAUUCGGAGGGGGAGAAUGGAUAAGCAUGUUGAAUUGUCCUAUUGUGGGUUCGAGGCGUUUAAGAUUCUUGCAAAGAAUUACAUGGGCAUUGAAUCUCAUAAGCUGUUUACUACAAUUGAGAAAAAAUUGAAAGAAGUGAAUAUGACGCCGGCGGAUGUGGCUGAGAAUCUGAUGCCGAAAUCUGAAGAGGAUGAUGCUGAUAGUUGUUUGGAGGGUCUGAUUGUGGCCAUGGAUAAGGCUAAGGAAGACGCAAUUAAGUUGAAAGCUGAAGAGGAGGAACAGAGGUUGAAGAAGGAGGAAGAUGAGAAGAAAGACAAAGAAAAAGACAAAGACAAAGACAAAGAGAAGUCGGAGAAAGACAAAGAGAAGUCGGAGAAAGGAACCUGCAACUGCAACUGCUGCUGCUGCUGCAAAGAGAAGGAGAAGUGAGCCGGUGGUGCUGCCGGAGAAGAAGAAGUGAUACAGUCAAUGGUAUUUUGGAAAUAAACGCAAAAUUCAACUUUUAAAUGUUCUUUUACUUUUAGUCUAUAUUGUGGUUUGAUUGUUCUACUUUAGUCAGUUCAUUUUCUAUUUGUCAAUGUAUGGUGACAUAUUAAAAUGUUGUAUUGAAUUAA